AUGGAAAAUCAUAUGAAAUCAAAUAAUUGGUUAUCAGAAGAUGAAGUAAUAGGUGAUACUCUUAUGUUUAUGAUAGCAGAAUGUGAAACGACAUCAACUGCUUUGGCUUAUGCAACAUAUGUACUUGCUAAACAUCCAAAUAUUCUUAAAAAACUUCGAAAUGAAAUCGAUGAAUUUUUCUUGAAUAAUGAUAUGAAUGACAUGAAUGAUGAAAAAAUAAAAGAAUAUCUUGAUUAUGAUAUAAUAGUACAACUAUCAUAUAUGAAUAUGUUUAUUUUGGAAGUAUUAAGAAUGUUUCCAAUUGCGAAUAUUACUAUUCAACGACGUGUUAUGGAAAAUACAAUUGUACAAGGAAUUAAUAUUGAAAAAGGUGAACAUCUCGAAAGUAAUCGGAAUAUUAAUGAACAAGCAGUUAUUGCACCAUAA